AUGUCGCCUCCGUCUUCCUCCCCGCGCCCCACUGCCCCGUCCCUACGAACCCCAGUGAGGACCCCGGUCCUCCUCCCCGUGAGCCCCCCUUUUUCCUCCUUCCCCGCGGUCGCCGCCGCUCGCGCGCGUGCUCGCUCCGCCCGCGCCCUGGCUCUGCUCGCCGCGGCCACGCUCCUCCUCCGCGUGCAUGCGCUCGCGCUCACCGCACGCGGACCACGCCCGUCCGCGCCCCCCUCGCGCCCCUACUGGCUCGAUGCCCCGCGCGCCCACGCCGCAUCGUCCGCUGGCGCCCGCGGCCGCUUGCGUCCGCACGCGUCCUCCGCCUUGCUCCCGCACGCUCUGGACCAACUUUGCCGCGCCCGCCUGCGUGCGCGCACCUGCAGCCUACCUCCCACUUCUCGCUCGCCCGCAACCCCCAGGCCUUUCCCGCUCGACCUGCGAGCGGUCGUCCCUGCUUGUCACCGCUUCUCUGCUGCUGCACGUCGGCCCGUGCCCGUCGCUGCCCUCCCGCCGACAUCCCCCUCCGGCGACCGCACGGCCUCGCCGGCCUCGUCCGCUACGGCGGCCCUGGUUCACCACACCGGCGCCUCGGCGCGUGCCUCCUCCCCUACUGCUAUGCGCCCCUCGUGCACGCCUCGACGCCUGCGUCCUCCUUCACCUGGCCUCGCCUGCCUCCAGACACUGCUCCGGCCACCUGGCCGGCGCCGCGGCCACCGGCCUCCCCUGCUCCGGCACCCGGCCGGCUCGCCCCGCCACGUCACGGCCGCGCCGGCCGUCCGCGCCCUCGACGCCUCCGCCCGCACCUGCCCCGUCGGGCCUCAAGACGCGCCCCGGCCGCGCUCACGGCGGCCCGCGCUCACCGUGGCCUCGCCCCGCACCGUGCCUCACUCCCGCGCCGGUUCCCUCUCCCCUCUGUCCCCGCGCGAGUACCACCGCUCGCCACUCGCCCCGUCGACGGCGCCCUCGCCUCCGUUCCCCCCUGCUCCCCCGCAAGCGCCCCCUCCUCCGCACUUGGCCGCGGCCCUGCUCCUGCGGCUCCCUCCACCGCGCUGGAGCCCCAGCGGUGGCCGGUGGUCGUGCCCGGGCCACGGCUCCCGUGCCUCCUCCCCGUUGUCCACGGGCGAGGCCAUCGGUCGGGCGCCCGCCCGCGCCCGCUUGGGCAGUGCCCGCCGCCCGCGCCCGCUAAGGCCCCUGGCCCAAUGA